GUUUUGCAUGACCAGAACACAGAAAAUUGAUAUAAAUAUGCUAAGCAGUGAUAGAAAAUGCUACUCUUUUCCUUCUAUUUGAUCAACUUCAGCUUACAAUAAAUACCUGUCUUCAACACAAAGAGAAAAAAAGAAACGACCAAUAAGCCAAGAUGUCAAGCUUUAAACCAAAUAUACCUCUUCAACCCGAGACUUUCACAAUGUUAGUUCCAGGUGUUAGCCCUGCUGCAGCCGCAUUGUCUGAGCAACUAUUAGAAAAGAAUAAUCAUGAUUUCCAUUGCUUUUUUAAUGAGAAGAAAUUUCACAACCAUUUAAUUCAUCAUCUCCUGGCUGCUUAUUCCUUAGGAGCCAGUAAAGAGAAAAUUCAAGAGAUUUUUGAUUAUCACGCCAAAGAUCAGCGCCCUUUACCACCUUCUGUGGGUGAGCUCACUAGAGAGAACUAUACCGAACAACUUGGUAACGGCGACGCUUAUACAAGUUUCCUCAAUUUGUUCAAGAAGGAAGUGGAUAAGUAUGGCAUGCAUGACACUGUCCGCCGCUGGGUAUGGAGUGGCGACCUCCUUGCACGAACGAUUGGUGGCGCUUACCACCCUGUCAUUCAUAUUGGCUACGGUCUUGAAUUCGGUAUUCCCGCCAUUGUCGCCGAAGGUUUAGCUAUGGCUGCGUGUACAGAACCCAAUUUCACUGGUGUCGUUCCCAAGCAACCACCCCUUCGUACUUCGUCGAUGUUGAUUCCGGCUCAAGCACAAGCUAUUGCUGAAAACACCUCUUCUGCUGCCCGUGGUUAUGUUACACAGUUUAUUGAUCAGUUGUCUCAGCAAAUCUCGACCCGUUUAAAAGUAUCUGAUAAUAAGGAGGAAUCAACAACAGCAGAAACAGGUGCAGCAAAAAGUGUAGAGGAUGAUCAAUCCAAAGAUAUACCUAAUUUCUUGAAGGGAAAUGAGCUCUUUGCCGUCCUUGACCAGAUCAGAAAAGAUCCCACUUUUGACUCUUCUGUCAGUUUCAAAGACGACCAAAAGCUGGACGCCGUUCUGAAAGAUCAAAAUGCUCUGAACAAACUGAAAGACUAUGCCGCUCAAUGGAAGAUUGAAGAAAACUCGACUGAUAUCCAAAAGAAAUUCAAACAAUUAUACACAGCGGUUGGCCUCCUGCUUGGCUCUUCAGGUCUUCGUGAUGAUUAUCCUGGUGUCUUGCGUCUCGAUUUUUUCCUCAUGCAUGCUGUCACUUCGGCUGAAUUCCUCCAUCAAUACAUUCCUCGUGUCGCGCCUUCGGAAGCAGUCAGUUUAUUGCAGGCCCAUCUCAUUGUAUCGCUGAUAUAUUACGUAGCUAGAGGAAGACCCAAUUUAAAUGUUCGGAGUUUACUCAAUUAUAAAUCACCAAACCACGUAGAAAAGAGUAACAAUAAUUGGCUGGAUGUGUUUAAUAAGUCUCUUGACUGUAAAGAAGUACAUGUCAUCAAAGUCGUUCGAUCUUGUGCUGUGGCUCAAAUUAUCUAUGGCCCAGAUGAAGACCCUGAGUUGGAACAGAUCUGGUUGAAAAUAGCACAAAUGGCAGUAGAUCUAGAUGGUAACUGGGACUUUAAAGGUGUAGGUUUUGAUGAGAGUUGGAAAGAAUUCAAGUAAACUUGUUCCGUGAUACCUUUUAUUUUUCGUAAAAUACCAGGUUUGUAUACAAUUUUAAAAAUGCUUCUCCAUUUAUUUCUCAAUAUUUGAUAUAAACUUAUUCCAAAUAUGAAAAUAAAUUUUUUUUACUGUUUUGCUUCUAUGUAAAAAUGUUUUCCCUGUCUUUUAACAUGUACUUUAACCAUGUAUUUUACGUAUCCUUACUCCUUCUUUCAGCCCGCCUUUUCCCGUUUUGAAAAGCUUCCGAGCUACUGGAAUUUUUUUCUGGAAAUACAAAGGAAUAUUCUUGAAUGAAUGUGAUCUGCAAAUUAGGGUCAGAAGCUGAAUUUUCUAUUGUUUUUUUUUCUUUUUCUUCUUUUUUUUUCUUUUUUUUUUUUGGAUAAAAGCAAUAUAUGUAUAAUUUACAGUCAAUGAAGGAUAAAUAAG